AUGCGGUCGGACCACUCAACGGACGCCCAGGACAGCGAGCUCGCGAAAGCCAUGGAGCGAGAGUCUACGGCCGCCAUGUGCGACGGCAUCAACUCUGGCUUCUACAUCAACGCGUACACCACGAAGCUGCUGCCGGACAUGCAGGGGGCCCUCGAGGAGCUGCGCAGGGGGAUCGAGCGCCUGGAGGUCAGGCGGGAGGAAACGCGGGAGGCCAACAAGAAGACGCAGAACGUCACUGCAGAGGGGAGUGCUGCUUCCGAGGCCCCCACGCGCGGCCCCAACAAAUUUGGGCAAGUGCUGCAGACACUGAACGCUAUGUCGUCUGCCUUCAGGCGGGGCCAUCGCAGGAGCGUAGCCGAGAUACUGCAUCCAAUCAUGUUCAACACCAUGACGUACUUCUCGCAUCGUUGCUGGAAGGUCUACAUCAAGAGGGCCGUCUUUCUCGCUGCACAGACGUGGCGCAACACGUUCGGCCAGGCCGUGCGACGCAAACAUAUCCAGGACGGCGGCGGAGUUGGUUUGAGGUACCUCACCAAAGACAAGCACUUUUAUCCGCUCGUGGGAUGGGAGCGCGUGCGUCUGGACGGAGGCGCGGAGCUUUACCGGCACCCCGACGGCGCCGAGUUCGGGGACCUCCAGUCCGCCUGCGACUACGACGUGGCCGUGAAGAGCCAGAGCUUGUCGGGGUCUUACAAGGGAGAGCGCAGAGGAGCGUUGACUGCUCUGCAGAAGUUCUUGAACGAGGCAGAGGCGGAGACGAAGGAGGACAAGGACAGCGAGGGGGCCAGGCGCACGCGCACUACCACGCCCGUCGACGACUGGUUGCAUCGCGGAGACCACCCCGUCCUGAAAGACAUGCCGUUGUACAUAUACGCCAUGUGGGUCUACUCGCACUUCACUCCGGCCACGGCGUUCUCGGCCAAUUGGCUUCUUUACCAGCGAGAGAUGGAGGUGGACGCAGCGGAGGGGCGGCAGCGGUUCCUCGACAGAUUCGAGCACCCCUCUCUGUGGGAGACGGAAGAGGUGAUCGCGGCGCAACACGGCGCCUGGCUGGAUCGCGACCACGUGCCCCUGCUGGGGAUGACGAGUACCGAGGACCUCAGGAAGACGCUGACCUACGGCCAUAGGGCUCGGCCCAAAUUGUUCGAGAAGGAGCUGCUGGCCCUCCCGUGCAUGGACUGGAAGGACGUCCUCCCCGACCACUCCCGCGCCGAUCGCCUCUUCGACCAAGGCCGCGGGGAAGCGUGGCGACUGCAAUACCGGGGUUUGCACGACAGCAUUCCUGACGUCUGGAGCGGAACGGGCCACGUGGACAAGCAGAUCCAGAUGCUUAAGCUGCAGGAUCUCGCAUUCCAAGACAAGGCUCGGGUCGCCACCGACUGCACGACCGGAGUGAGGGGCCCGAGGCGCGACGAGGAGAAGUUUGCGACUGGGUUCGGAAUGGCCUGGUAUUGGAGCACGCUGAGCCGAUGGAUAUCUCGCCGGAGCAUGAUCGACUCUCGCGCCAUGGGAGUGCCGUUGGUUUUCCUGCAGUCGAAGGACGAGGGCGUCGCCUGCGGUACACCACAGGUGCACAACUUCGAGAGGCAGAGCCCGGACGUGGUGGAAUCUCUCGUCAACUCCUUCGGAAUCCAGAAAGAGAAGGCGAACGGCCUGUUCUGCUUUCCGCUCAUGGAGGCGCACUUCAAGUGGCAGAGCGCCAACAUUGUGCACCGGGUCAAGAGGGAACGGCCCUCGGUGACCACCUCGAACUUGUUCCCGAUGAAGGCGGAGCUGCGGAGGGCCAGGGGCGCGGAGGCGGACCUCGUCCACCGCGGCGUGGAGCUCGAGGCGGAGAUGCGCAGGACGAAGGCCACAGAGGCGGAGUUCGUACAGCGCAACGUCGAGCUGGAGGACGUGGUGUCGCGGAUGGCCAGGGCCUCGCAGGACCAGCAGCGCCGGUUCGAGGAGCUCCGCCUGGCGGCAGAGGCGAGCGAGAAGGCGCGCGGGGCCGCCGCGGCCGACAAAAAUACCCCGUUCUACCACUUCGAGGGCGCGAGAAGGACUGAGCUGCUCGGCACGCCCAUGCGCCGCCCGGCCGCGUGGCCGCUGGCGAAGCCUGGCGGCCGCGGCCGCAGACCGCGGGAGGCCGGAGCGGCCGUCGCCCUCGGCGCCGCUGGCCUCGCGGCGGGCGGCGUCGCGGCCGGCGGCCCGCCGCGGCCGGUGGGGCCCGCGGCGAGGGGCGGCGAUGAGCCCUGGGCUCGCCCGGCGGGCGCCGGCGCGGCGUUGCCCGUCGAUGUCGCCGCCGUCGGGCUGGUGCACGCUUUAAGUGGAGCGAAGCUGGCGCCCGUUGGGGGGUACCAGGGCAGCUCGUCCGCAACAGCGACCACCCUGCUCGGCGUCGCCGCCGCCGCCGCCGCAGGGUCCAUGAAGCAGGUGCCCAGGCAGGACCUGCGACGGCUGCUGCUGCGCGCGCGACCCGUGCUCGUCGUGGCGCUGCUGGUGCUGCAGAAGUGCGCCACCGACGGUCUGACUUGGUACACGCGCACGCGUGGGAGCGUCCCGUACUCAGGCUCCAGCGCUGCUCUCCUGAGCGAAAUGCUAAAGUUCCCUGUCAUGGCCGUGGCCAUCGCGGUCUCAGAGUCUCCUGGCAGGGUGCUCCCGACCUUCCGGAACGCGACGCGCAACAUCUGGGUGUUGGCAUGGGUCGCGGCGGCCUACGCAGCGCAGAACCUGCUCUACUUCCUCUGCCUGGACCACAUCUCCCCCGCGGGGUACCAGGUGCUCGGCCAGACGAAGCUGGUAUUCACCGCCUGCCUCAUGCGCGUGAUGCUCGGCACGCGCUUCUCGCCCGCGCGGCUGCUGGCCCUGGCGCUGCUGAUCGGCGGGGCGGUCGCCGCGCAGUCUGGCGAGGCGUCCAGCGCGGCCGCCCUUGGCGAGAAGGGCAACGUGCUCUUCGGCUGUGGCCUCACGGUGUUGUCGAGCUUGCUCUCCUCGCUGCCCAACGUCGUCUACGAGCGGGCCCUGAAGAGUCAGCAGGAGGAGUGGACGCUCAACCUGCAGCUCACCUUCUGGAUCCUCUUCUGGCUUCUCGCCAUCAGGGCUUAUGGUCACAGCGAGGAUGUAGGGGUGAUGGAGGGGGGUGGGCUCGCUGGGCUCACAAACAGCAUCGCGGAGCUCACUGUUGGUUUCACGCCGGCUGUCUGGGCGAUGGUUUUCUUGAAAGCUCUGAACUGCCUCAUUAUCCCAGCUUGCCUGAAGUAUGCUGACAACAUAGUCUACGGCUACGCGAAGCCAGCAUCUAUUGUGUUGACGUGUGCCACCACUAGCGUUGUCACCUCGAGCCUGCCAGAGCCGAGCUUGGUUGUUGGUUUCGCGAUGGUGGUAUCCUCCAUGUGGCUGUACGGCCGUGGCUGA